UAUUCUUGUCAAACCAGUGAAUAGAUUACGAAGAAUAUCAACAUGACUUAAGCUAUUGAGUCAUCUUCAUUCGCUAUUUUAAUCGCGUCUGAGGAGGAUCAUAUUAGUUGUAAAUUACGAUUUUUGGAAAAAUGCUAUUUUCGUUAUCGAUAGUACCCAUAGUGUUACUAGUACCGUGUGUUAUUAGUGUUGACCAACAUAGAGAUAAACGUUUUCCACGACGACGUACUGAAGUGAUAAGAAGCAUUAAAUCGAACCAUCCACCAUUAAAGGAUAGUAAUGACAACCUUUCGGGAUUCGAUGAACAAGAAAAACAAUCAAUUUCCAGAGAUACAAAGAUAAACCAUCCGCAGUUAUCUGUUGAAUUCGACCCUUUCCUUAUUAUGUCAAUGAACGAUUACGAAUCAGAAAUAAUAUUACCACAAAAAGCACGAUCUGUGAAUGGUAAGAAAAAGACCGUUUCCAAUCUAAAGGAUAUUGAUAACUUGAAAAAUACUAAAAGAGUACCUUCCAGCUCUGACAUAGAUACAGCACCUAAGACACAUCGAAGAAGGUCCCAAAUUAGAAGAGUUAAAGUAAGUAAAAAUAAACUUAAUGAAUAUGUGAACAAGACCGAAAGUGCUUUGAAUGAAACUGAAAGUGUCGUAAAAGAAGGUGUCCAGAGAGUCAAGACACAAACAGUUAAUCAAGCUCAUACAAGAACAAAUAACCAACCCAGUAUUAACAGAAGGAAGGGGUUACGUGAACCCGUAGUGCCAAUAGUUGAAUCAGAAAAUUAUGUUUUCUCUCACUCAGGAGACUUUCAUUACAGCUACGAAGGCGGUGACGGCACUAAAGCUGCGGAACGAGGGGAAUUGAAAACUUCCAAUGGGGGUGCCGGUAAUGCUGUUGAAGGAAGUUAUUCCUACAUCGGUAAAGACGGCAACGACUACAGCCUGACAUAUACAGCAGAUGAAAAUGGGUACAGGCCUGUAGGAGCUCAUUUACCGACUCCCCCUCCUAUUCCACCAGCGAUCAAACGAGCCCUGGAGUACCUCGCCACCAAGACCACCCCUGAGCCAAAUACUGAGAGAAUCAACUUGUUAAAACAAGGCUAUUUCAUUUAAAAUCGAUGACUGUUCGUCGAUAUAAUUUUAGAUUUUAAGGAAUCCAUGCUGUAUUCUUCAAUUUGUAAAUAUAAUAAACUAUACGCCUCUAUCCGAAGCUUAACAGAGCCGGACAAUUUUAAAGAUGAGUUUUCAUUUUAC